CAUGUACGAGUAUAUGUGGCACGCACGUUUGCCGCUUCUCUUGUUGCUGUUGCAACGCAAACUGCGAGUUGCACUUGCGACACUGACAACUGACGACAACACAACUGCGACGGCGCGCUCUUCGGUAGAGUUUCCUUCUACUUUCUUUCUUUUUUUUUGUUUUUUUCUUUUUAAUUUUCUCUGAUAACAGCAGGCAUUAGGGUGUCUCCCUCGCACAGUGCCCCAUCUCGCUUGCUCCAGCACUUACUCGAUUUGCCAGAAGCCGAAAGGAGCAGACAACAACCGCACGCGAGCAACGUCGAACAGCAACUGAGUCCUGAUUGCGCUGUCCCGCAGGAUUUUUGUGCAGAUGCAGGUUACCAUAGUGGCCACAUCGCCAUGUGCACCACCAGCUCCAUUCCAUCCACCACCCCACCAGUCCUCUCAACCACCUGGCUGUGGAUGCUGUGGCAAUUGCGCAGAAUCCGCAUCAGAAGCGGCAUCAACAGGAGCGUAGUAAACGCGUAGUAAAUUGGAUCGCAUUCGGGUUUCAUUCACAGAGAUUCUCUCGCCAAUGUUCUGAUCACGGAGAUAAUUAUUGUUAUUAAAUUAUUAUUAUUAGCAAUUUUAUCAAACUGAAAUAAUAUUUAUAAUAAUAUUCAAAUUAAUUCGUUUUUUACGAGUAUCGAUUAACGACACUAAAAUAUAUCCAGGACUAUCGAAAACCAGAGUUUCCUAUUCAUCUAAGUCUUUCUAGUUGACAUGUCCUGUCAUUCAGAAAUUAGAGUUACAAAAAAGGCAAAUUUAUUACUCAGCAUUAAUUUGUUGGAAGAAUAUUUGCAACUUCUUUUUAAAGUACAAGCACUAGACGAAGUGAAUCCUCUUCAGACAUGGAGGAGUGCAACUUUAUGGAACUCAUGGAGGAGAUGGCCGUGCAGUUUACGGUGAACAAGGAAGAACAUCAGCUCUUCGUCCACGACUCACGCAUGAUAUCCCUGACCAUUCAGCGGCAAUUGGUCCUGGAUGGUGCAGUGUUCAAGGACCAACUGGCAGAGCUCCACAAGACAGCCUCCUUUGUGGACAAAAUAUACCUGGACAUGCCGCUGAACUUUGAGAUCUUCCUGCCCAUCCGACUGCCGAAACCAGUGGUUCCCACCUAUGAUGAGAAGAAACGCAGUGUGCAGUUCACCAGAGCCAACUACCAGCACCCAUUCUUCUUUGGGAAUGCGGUAAAUUUCAAGUGCUUGAACCUGCUGCUGCAAAGCGAACUGCAGCGAGCCAUUUCCAAACUCAAGACAGCAACAUCCACGAGCACAGGUCGGACGUACGACAUCAAAUACUCGGUGCUGAGCCUCAACGACGUGCCCUUCGUUCACCAAGUGGUUGCUCUGGACCGCGACAGCAACGGGAAGCGUUUCAUCCGCUUCGACUUCAUUCUGGCCGUGGAGUUCAAUGGCGCGGAUAUGGCACUGCCACCUUACUUUAAAGCGCCGCUCAUUAACCGCUGGAUUGCCUACGGUAGGAUGACCGUUGACGAGGAUCCCAAUCCGGCAGAGUGGGCUGUGCUAGUGCCCAAGUGGCAGGACGCCUCGCCCGGUGCCGCCCUCAUUUCCCUCAACUGCAUGGUCAUGCUGUACCGCCUGAUGAGCGCCCAGCAGUGCUACCUCUUCACCCUGCCCGGCUCCAUCAAGUUAGCCUUCGUCAUGGCCACCGAGGAGCGCGGCCUGGACUUCCAGCAGAUUAGCAUUGCAGAUUUGACCAUUACAACCAUGUUCCACCAGGUGUUUGGCAACCUGUACAAGGCGGUGGCCGGGAACACCAUCGGCGACAAGACCAUCAAGAGCAGACGCUUGAUGGCCAUCCGGAAGCAGUUGCUGCGCGCCCGCGGCAUCUACGCCAUGGUGGCGGAUGCAGUGCUGCGAAAUUCGAUCUCCAGGAAUUUUGUGAACGCCUACUUCUUCUACGUCGCCAUCCCACCGCCGCCGGAAUGCUUCUAUCAGUCCCUGGUCGAAGUCCGGAACACCGAUACCAAAUUGAAGAGGAAGAGAGCAAAAGGGACACCAGGACAACAGGACUCGGGCGUCGAGGACACAGGACACCAGUGGAGGGCCAAACAAUUUCGUGCUCGUUGGCAAAGGAAAUUUACGUGCCAAAGACGAUAGGGAGAACCCAGCUCUGUUCCAAAGAAGUCGAAUCCGGACGAACAGCACGGCACGGUGUAAAUGGUCAAACAUUUUACGCUUUUUGUUUAAUUAAAAUUGCAACAGGCUACGUAGUUCUCAUUGCAGCAACAGGAGGAUGGCAAAGAAAA